AUGCACUAUCUGGCUCUGUCGUUAUUUGCCCUGUAUGGUUCGUUCAUUUUACUGUUUGUGAUUCUGUUCGUAGCUGAUGUCGAGGACAAACAGAUACGAAUCAACGCGACUGAAGCUGCUCGAGCUCAACACAAUGGAAAUAUGACACUGCUUGACGAACUACCCCACUCUUAUGGGCAUUUGACUGAGUUUCAAGUUAGACGACGAUGA